AUGACCAUGAAUUCUAUUGCAACAAUUCUUGGUGAAAGGGAACCACUUGUGGAGCCUCCUUUAUUCAAUGGCGAGAACUACAUUUAUUGGAAGAAUGGAAUGGAGUUCUUUGUUCUAGCCAAUGAUUAUGAAGUUUGCUCUCUUGCUGGUUCUCGCCUUUGUGAAGCUGCAUUCUGUCAAGUUGCGCUCCAAGUGACAUGGCUACCUCUGUGUCUUGUUGUGCGGGUUGUUUCUUCGUUGACGACUGUUCUGAUUUUGGUUCUGCUCAUUGAAUUCUCAUUUGCCUUCUUGAAGAUGACAAAACUAAUAUUGCUUACAGUCCGUGGUGUCCUAAAAUCCUGUGAUCUCAUAUAUCUUUCUAAAGAGCUACAGCUUUUUUAUUGGCCUAGAUGUCCUUUAAAAUCAUUGCUUUCGAGCUUCCAACUAGAAAACCUCGUUGCACUUGCCCUACCCAAUAGCUGCAUUGACCGACUGUGGGAGGGAAAGAGACCUUUAAAUAAGUUGAGUCGUCAACUUCCAAGACACCAGUCUUCACAAAGGCUUGAGGAUCUUGAAAGUUCAAAUUUGAAAGGGUGUAUUAGCUUAGUACAUGUCCAUCAUCCAUCCAUCGUAUUUCUACCCAAGCUUCAACUUUUAAAUUUAAGAAACUGCAAAAGCCUUAGGAGUCUCCCAAUCAAAAUUGGAAUCGAAGCUCUUGAAACAUUGAUUCUUUCAGGCUGCUCGUAUCUUCGAAGGUUGCCAGAGAUUGCUGGGAAAAUGGAAUGUUUGCUCAAUAUAGAUGGGACGUGUGUUAAAAAACUUCCCUCUUCAUUUGGACAUCUUAGCAGUCUCAAAUUUCUUAAUCUCUCGGGCUGUUCUCAACUUGCAAAUUUACCACACUUGACAAUGACCAAAAAUGUCGAAAGUUUGAAUUUGAAAGGCUGUACUAGCUUAGUAGAUGUCAAUCCGUCCAUUAAGCUUAAACUUUUGAAUUUAAGAGAUUGCACAAGUCUUAGGAGUCUCCCAACCAACAUUGAAGUGGGAUCUCUUCAAACAAUGAUUCUUUCAGGUUAUAAGAAUCUUCAAAGGUUUCCAAAGAUCAUUGAUGGGAAAAUGGAACGUUUGCUGGAGCUCUAUUUAGAUGGGACAAGUAUUAAAGAGCUUUCCUCUUCAGUUGGAGAUCUCAGCAGUCUAAAAGUUCUUAAUCUCUUGAGCUGCUCUGUACUUGAAAAUUCACCUCCAUCCUUCCUACGAAGAAUAUUUAGGAAGGGAUGCGAAAUAGUACUGUCAAGUCUGAAUCCCAUGCUUCUCAAAAAAAGUCCGAAUUCAACGGCUCUGACUUUACCCCAUUUCUCAGGUUUGAGCUCUUUAACAAAGCUGAAAAUAAGCGGCAGGAAUUGUGAAGGGGCUCUUCCUAGUGAUAUAUGUAGCUUAUCCUCAUUGGAAACACUGAUUCUUCGUCAUAACAUCUGUCAACUUACCAAGCUUCAUUGUCUCGAAUUGUCGGGUUGCAAUAAGCUUGAAUCAUUGCCUGAACUUUCAUCAAGCAUAGUAGAGUUAGAUAGUUGUGCUUCAUUAGAAAUAGCUCCAAAUCCAACAAAAUCAUACAUUCAUUGGAAAACUAGAAGUGAUUGCCCUUUAUGGAAAAGGACGUAUUCUUAGGGUGGUAAUUGCUUCAAAUUGGCUGCAAAUGCAUUAACGAUGCUAAAAGGACAUCUUAAGGCAAUUGGAGAUGGAAGACUAAUAUUUGACAUUCUUAUUCCAGGAAGUGAAACCUUUGAAUGUGUAAUCCUUGAAUGGUUUAGUCACCAGAGUGAGGAAACUUCAGUAGGGAUACCAUUACCUCCCAAUUUGCAGAAUGAGUGUCAGUGGAUGGGAUUCCCCUUGUGCCUCCAUCCAAUAAAGAUGCUUGGCACGAGGAGGACACUCGCACUUGGAUUCUUAUCUCCAAGUGCUCGUCCCUAUUUACAGGAGUUGUUUCAAUUUGAAAGCAUAUCAGGCCGGAUCUCCAAGGACCACCUCUAGCUACGCUAUUUGCCUCGUGCAAUAUUAAAUAAAGAUCCAUGGCUUAGAUAUUUGUUAUGUAGUUUUAUCCAAGUGAUGGAUCAGCAGGUUGAAAAGGUCAUAAAAACAGGAUGGAGAUGA